AUGAUUGGUGUUGUAGGUCUCAGAAAACAUAAAAUCAUUAUGAAUUUGGAUAACUGGAGGAGAGUCACCAGUGUAGGCAAUCAAGAUGUUUCAAGGAGGAUCUCCAAGGUAAGUGUUGAUCUGCAACAGCAAAUUAUGACCAUUGUAGAUGAACUGGGCAAGGCUUCUGCCAAGGCUGAGCAUCUUCCUGCUCCCAUCACCAGUGCAUCAAGGAUACAGAGUAACCGCCAUGUUAUGUAUGUGCUCAAAGACACUUCAGCGCGACCGGCUCGAAAAGGAGCCGUUAUCGGCUUCCUUAAAGUUGGAUACAAGAAACUCUUUGUACUGGAUGAUCGUGAGGCUCACGAUGAGGUAGAAGCACUUUGCAUUCUAGACUUUUACAUCCAUGAGUCACUUCAGCGCCAUGGCCAUGGGCGAGAACUCUUCCACUAUAUGUUGCAGAAGGAGGGAGUUGAACCACACCAACUGGCCAUUGACCGACCCUCACAGAAGCUGCUUAAGUUCCUGAAUAAACAUUACAACCUGGAGACCACAGUUCCACAGGUCAACAACUUUGUGAUCUUCGAAGGCUUCCUUGCCCAUCAGCAUCCUCCAGCAAGAAAGCUGCCACCCAAGAGAGCAGAGGGAGACAUUAAGCCAUAUUCUUCUAGUGACCGAGAAUUUCUGAAGGUAGCUGUGGAGCCUCCGUGGCCCCUAAACAGGGCCCCUCGCCGUGCUACGCCUCCAGCCCAUCCACCCCCCCGCUCCAGCAGCCUGGGAAACUCACCAGAACGGGGUCCCCUCCGCCCCUCUGUGCCAGAGCAGGAGUUGCUGCGUUCCCUGCGCUUCUGCCCCCCACACCCUACUGCCCGCCUUUUGCUUGCUACCGACCCUGGGGACCCAGCCCAAUGUCGGCGCACCAGGGGGGCUCCCCCAGGGCUGGUAGCCCAAAGCUGCUGCUACAGCCGCCAUGGGGAUUUGAAUUCCUCAUCCCCCAAUAUAGGCAACCAAGAAUCGAAGCAGGGGGAACAGGAAACAGAGAAUAGGUCUGCCAGCGAGGAGCAGGUCUUGUCACAGGCUGGGUCUGGGGAGGAACACAUGCACACAGUUCCUCCCCAGGCCCAGGCCCUACCAGCCCAGGCCUGGACAAUGGGUGGGGACAUAUUCAACACCAGGUUCAUUCAAAACUUGCAGGACCGUCGCAGCACCAGGCCUUGGUGA